CUUGGUUACGGUACUGACUCGAGGUGGAAGAAGGAAGGAGAGGGAGAGAGAGAGAGAGAAGUAACAGCAUGGGUGGGGGUGGGAGAGGUCAUGUGUCUUUUGGCAAAGCAAUAAAGGAGUGAGAAAAACCAAAAGCUGCGUCGCUGUCGAGGCUCGAAAGCAUGGUGAGAAGAUUUUGUGGCUUUGCUCGUCUUUCCCACAGGAGCUGCUGCUGCUGUUGAUGCCGGUGUCGGAGUGGGCCGCGAGUUCACCGUGAUCUUUUAAUCUCUGACGCGACGCUUUAGUGUCCUUGCCGAGGAGCCCUCACUUGAGUGAGUCUCCCUUUCUUUCUCCCUUCGAACCCCUCUCCCACAGUAGUUCCCGGUAGGCCCAUGCCCAAAGCAAAGAGUACCUCAUCUUUCUCUUCUCGCUGUCUCUUCUUUCUUUCCAACUAAAACUUAAGCUCUCUUUGCCAAUCUAUGACUCCUUGUCCUUGUUCUGCUUCCGGCCUGCUCCCGUCCUGUGCUUAUCCUCUUCUUGGGAAAGUGUGAUGGUUUAGAUCUGGCUCCUUUUAGGGUUUUUAACCCAACGAAAAGAUCGAGUUGGGUUUCCUCGGAUUACCUUGCGAGCGAAGGUGAUGGAAUUCUGGGACUUGGACGGCCAAGCCUUUCCGAAGAGGAAGCAGGAGAGGCACGAUCACUGUCAUCAGCACCAGUACCACCACGUGCUACCAGACCAACGCCAACAGGAGCAGCAGCAGUGAGAGCAAGAGGCCAAGAGAAAUUGCACCCACUGAUGACAACAGAUUGAGCAAUCUGAAGUCGGAAGUGGAGCGGAAGAGGGACAAGACGUUGGAUGCCCGGAGGAGUCGAUACCAUCGAUUACAACGUCGUUCGAGAGAAAGCGAAAGAGGAGGAGAACAACAAGUGCACUGCGAAUCAGCUACCUGCAGUAGCGGCAGAAGAGCAAGCAAGCUUCCGAAGGUUUCUAACUGUGUCACAUCUUCCACCACCGUGUCUUCCUCCUUAUCGGCUGCCACGGCUUCGUCUUCCGAGUAUGCCCAUCGUUCGGAGAGGAUGGGGGAGAGCCAAAGCCACCGUGGAGGCCUCGGUUUCCACCAGCUCGCUCAGCAGCAGCAGCAGCAGGAGCAGGAGCAGGAGCAGCCACAGCAGCAGGCGCAGGUCCACUCGAGGUUUAGAAGGCUGAGGGGCGUCGGCGGGGAGAUUGUGGAGGUACAAGGUGGCCACAUUUUGAGGUCCACCGGCCGGAAGGACCGCCACAGCAAGGUGUGCACGGCCAAGGGCCCCCGAGACCGCCGCGUCCGCCUCUCAGCCCACACCGCCAUUCAGUUCUACGACGUCCAGGACCGCCUUGGCUACGAUCGUCCAAGCAAAGCCGUCGAUUGGCUCAUCAAGAACGCCAAGGUCGCCAUCGACCAGCUCGCGGUGCUCCCAGCCUGGACUCCCACUGCCACCGUCACCGCCACCAGCAAAUCUACUUUCCAUCAUCCUCCACCAGCCAACCGAUCCCCGGCUGCAGAGCAGCCUUCUGGGCAGUCCGGCAAGAAACCAGUUCCGGUUGCUGAACCAGAUGUCACCACUGCCUUCAGCUUCGGUGAUAGCGUCGGCGGUGCUGGGAGUAAUAGUUUCCUCCCGCUUUCAUUGGACUCCGAUGCUAUUGCCAAUACCAUCAAGUCCUUCCUCCCGAUGGCUGCUGGUGCCACCUCUACUUCGCCGUCCUCUAGCUCUCCAAUUGGCUUCCAGAACUACCGGCCGGACUUUCUAUGUCUAACCAGUAGCCAAAAUCAAGACCUCCGCCUCUCCCUUCAAUCCUUCCAAGAUCCAAUCUUUCACCACUCCAAGUCCAGCCACCACCACCAUUACCAACACCAACACCAGAGUCCAACUUCUUCCUCUCACAAUUCUCUACUCGCUGGCUCCACCCACUUGGGCUUUGACACCGCCUCGGCUGGCUGGGCCGAGCAGAACCGCCGAACGAUUCCAUGGAACGUGGCGGAGACGAAUAGAGGCGGCGGCUUCGGAGGAUUUGCUUUCAGCGCUCCACCACCGCAGGCUUUGCCGCUGCACUCGGUGCUUGGCCCGAGCCAGUAUUUCUCUCAGAGGGAACCCCUUCAGUCCAGUAACUCGGCUUCAGUCCAUGGUUGGGCAGAAGCCAUUGCGCCCACCGGUGAGCACCAGAUGCACCCCGUGUUCCAUCCGUCGGUUUCUUCCACUGGGUUCGCGUCGGAAACCGGCUUCUCUGGUUUGGGCAUCCCGGCACGGAUACAGGGCGACGAGGAUCACGGGAGCAUCUCCAACAAGCUGCCCUCUGCUUCUCGCCAUUGAUGGAGUGGAAGCAGAGGAGUAAACCACCUCCGAUUACUUCACUUGUUCCACCCUCAAAAUUUCUCUCUGUCAUCGUUACUCGUAGGACUGCUUGGUUUGUGUUGGGGGGUGGGGAGUGAAGACUAGGAAAUCCAUGUCGGAUCCUCUCUUCUCUCUGUCCCUUGGUUUUGCUUCAGAUGGGCAUCCAGGCCAUUGAUUGUUUUGCCAUGGUUAGCCUCGGUUGCUGUUGUAGUCGUCGUUGUCAUUGGAGUUGCUUCUUUUUGUGACGUUGUUUCCUUCUCGAUAUGG